GUACCGUCCUAUAAGACCGGAGCAGGGUCCCGUGGGAGCGCUCAGUUGACCGGUUCAAGCCCGUACGGAGACAUACCAUCUCGAGCAGCAGCAACAGCAGCAGCAGCAGCAGCAAACGAUCAGCUAGCGAGUGCGGUUCCCUGGUUCUCGUGUGCGAGAGUGGGCGGCCGGUGUAUGCCCUCAAAUCGAAAGGGCUGCAGCGCCAAAACAUUAUUAUAGAUAGAGCCUAGAAUGGCGAACAAUUGGUUGUCCCUGUGUUUACUGUUCCUAGCCACCAUUGCAUCCUGCAAAGGACGCACGGCUAGGGAGGUGUCGCGGCCGGCGAGUGAUCAAACGAAAGAAACCGAUAGCAUCCGGGUGCUGCCACAGCACCAACAGCAACAGGAAGCAGCAGUCCAACCAGUCAGGUAUAAUGGUGCCCAGCUUUGGCGCAUCGCCUACGACAGCCAGGUUGAAAAGAAUGCGGUUGCAGAGUUACAAGAUCGAUUCGCCGCUGCGAUGUGGAACUUCAACGCAACGUCGGUGGAUAUCUUCGUGUCGCAGCCAACGAUCAAACAAGCCGAAUGCUUCCUCCGAUCAACGAACGUCUCGUUCGAGGUGGUCAUCGAGGACAUGCAGCGUGCGAUCGAUACGGAAAACCCAUCGCUCGAAGAGACGGACUUAUGGGAGAAUCGUAACGGACAUCGCAUGACGUGGACAGCGUACCAUCGCCUGGAAGACAUUUACGACUGGAUGGACUAUCUGGCUAAGACGUACCCGGACAUAUGCAGCACCAAGAGCAUCGGCAAGUCGGUGCAGGGCCGCGAGCUGAAAGUGCUCCGCAUUUCGAACGGCAGCCCGACCAACAGCGCCAUUUGGAUGGAUGGCGGUAUACACGCGCGCGAAUGGAUCAGCCCAGCGACUGUGACCUUCAUUGCCGGCAACCUGGUCGAAGACUGGGACAACCAGCCGACCUACAUCCGCAAUAUCGACUGGUACAUCCUGCCGGUGCACAAUCCGGACGGGUACGAACACUCGCACCAGUACGAUCGGUUGUGGCGCAAAAACCGGGGCGGACUGCAGUACGGGCCGUGCGCGGGUGUUGACCUGAACCGCAAUUACGGCUACAAAUGGGGCGGCCAGGGCACCUCCAAACAGCCCUGCUCGGAGAUUUACGCCGGUUCCGGGCCCUUCUCCGAGCCAGAAACGAAAGCGGUCAGCGUGUUCAUGCAGCAGUCGGCUGCCAGCUGGAAGGGUUUCCUCACCUUCCACAGCUACGGCCAGUACAUCCUGUAUCCGUGGGGAUACGAUCGUGUUGUGCCACCGGACCAUGCCGAUCUGAAGCGCGUUGGCGAUGCGGCGGCUGAGUCAAUUCAGCGCAGCAGCGGCAUGCGGUACACGGUCGGACCGUCAGGUAGUACCCUGUAUCCAGCGGCCGGUGGAUCCGACGAUUGGGCUCGCGGUGCGCUGAACAUCAAGUACGCGUAUACGGUGGAGCUGCGCGACACCGGACGUUACGGGUUCGUGCUCCCGGCCAACCAAAUCCAGCCCACCGGCGAGGAAGCGAUGCAGUUCGUCGAUUCGAUUGCGCAAGAAGUUGCGAAACUGUAAACUGGACACUCGACACGGUGCAGCAGCAGGGCUUUAGUGAAUCCAUUUCCCAGGUCCCCUCGGUCUGU